CAUCACUGUCUUGUCAGUAGCUUCAUGAGAUCAUAUAAUCUGAAAAUAUAUCACUCAUAAUUUCAAAAUUAUAACUAAUAAAGUCGAAUAACUCACAUACAUUAUGGAAAUUAUAAGGCACCCUUAAUUUUUCCCAAUGAGAGCCUCCGGCAACUGAAUACAAACCAUUUUUUGGAAUCGCGAAUGAAAAAAAACAACCGGACAAUCAAUCAAACAUUUAUUAGUAACAGUCGGACAGAAUGAAAAGAUCGAGAACAGCAGAAAUCCAAUAUACGGUCAAAUGGUUGAAUAAUACACGGUCAAAUUCGAGAAAGAUCAGUCCGCAGCAACUCAUGAAAUAGUUCCGCAUAGAUCACUACCUAGCGUCUCAAUUGAAUCACUUUGGGAGAGAAGGUUUCACGAGCUUGACUUCUUUACUCAUGCGAUUCCCGCUGAAAUGAUGAAAGGGGUGACUAGAAGGUGAUAUGGAGGAGACAGACUCAUAUCUGGACUAUGGGGAUAACGCAACCGAUUUUGCAAACAGCACCAACCCGGUCUAUUCAAUUAGUCCCGAUUUCAUCACUCAGUGGAAGAUAAAAAAGACUCAAGAGCGUCUCUGUCGGUUCGUCUACCAGCGCCUAUUCACCCAACAAUGUAGAGAGAUCUACAACUACAACUAUUCACAACUAAGCGGAUCACUAUGGCAACCAGUGGACGAGGGGAGCAGAUAUUCAUCAUGGAGCGGCAGCGAGAUAGUGGCCGACUAUGUGGAUGUGCCCGAUUCGACCAACAUGUCGGGAGGCAAUGUGAACGCGACGCCGGCGUCUCUGGUGAACCUGACGGGCGUCGGGGUGGCGUCGACUGCCGUGGAGCUGUACGCCCUGCCUCCCAUCCAGCCGUGGGUAGCCGUCAUCAUCGCCUUCUGUCUCGGCCUCUGCAUCAUCCUCACCGUCGGCGGCAACAUCCUCGUCCUACUCGCGUUCAUCGUCGACCGCACUAUUCGCCAGCCGAGCAACUAUUUCAUCGCGUCGCUGGCUGCCACCGAUAUGCUCAUCGGUACUGUGUCGAUGCCAUUCUACACAGUGUACGUGCUGAUGGGCUACUGGGACCUGGGCCCGAUUCUGUGCGACCUGUGGCUGAGCGUCGACUACACAGUGUGCCUAGUGUCGCAGUACACCGUUCUCCUCAUCACCAUCGACCGGUUCUGUUCGGUUAAGAUCGCGGCCAAAUAUCGCAGUUGGCGGACUAAAAAUCGCGUCAUCUGGAUGGUCACUAUCACAUGGAUCAUACCAGCGCUACUCUUCUUUAUCAGUAUUUUCGGUUGGGAACAUUUCGUGGGGUUCAGAGACUUGCAGCCGGGUCAGUGUGCGGUGCAAUUCCUCAAGGAUCCCGUUUUCAAUACGGCUUUAAUAAUAGGUUAUUACUGGACAACGCUUGUGGUGCUUUUUGUGUUGUAUGGUGGUAUUUAUAAGGUAGCGUACGAUAUGCAAAAGAAGAGUGAGGCGAAACAGAGGAAGAUGCAGUCGAUGGUUGCGUUGAGUGCGGGCGCCAUGUCGGGUAUGGCGGGGCGUGCAGCGGGAAUCGGCAUGUCCAAAACACAGAGUUCGAUAGUUAGUCAAGACAAACCCAAAACACUUUCACCCAUCCCCUCCCCUUCAGCAGUCACUAUAGCUCCUGUUACAAUGAUAACAGCUGAAUCCAACUCCAGCCAUAAAGCUUCAACAAAGACUAACACAACUGUAGUCACAAGUACCUUGGAAACAGAGAAAGUUUCAGGGGAAAAGAAAUCAUCUUCCCAAGGUGAGAGUGGUGGUGACAAGUCGGAGCGAUCCAGCAGUCCUGCAUUUGAAUCAGAUGAGGACAGCACACCCAACGCUGCCCAGAAUCAGCAACAACUAAACCAGCCUCCACUUUGGAAAGAACGCAAAAAGUCGGUUGUGAACAUGGUAAACAUUGUUGCACAUUCCAACGCACUACAACAUGCGUUUACUGCUGGAAGACCCAAUGGGUUUGUAAGGUCGCCUGAACCCAGCAAUACGUCAGCCACGCGUCAGAGUCCCUCCUCAAUCACACCCACCUCAGAACACUUUGCUGCUCUUCCCCAAAUACCAGAGCAAAGUUUACUUGACACCGAUAAUCCAGCUGGAUAUUCUACACCGGGAGACAUGUCAUCAGAAACACUCACACCUGUCUCUGCGGCAAAAGAGGAUCAUUUGAAGCAGUCAAGUGGAGAGAAGCCAGCAUCUGAAGUGUCAUCAGUUCGAUCCCAAUCCAUCAUCCCUCCCCCUUCACAGUUCCAGAGUAGUUCUGUUUCUGAAGUAUCGUUGUACACUAAUGAUAGGCCAAAAAGUCUCUUAGUAGCUUCGUCGCAAGGUAUCUACAAUGUCACUUAUGAUAUUCUGUUAGGUUUAGACAAUUCGGAUUUAAGGUACAUGGACGAAAGUUCCGUGAUUGUGGCUUCACCUGGUGUUGAGAGUCCUCCUUCUAGUCAGAGCUUCCCGGCAUCAUCAGGAGGAACCACAUCUCCCAUUCACAACAUCUCGGCUGCCAGUAAUCAGUCGCUGUUACAAGCUGCACUGGUGAGAGCAGCCACACAACAGGCUGGAGCUGCUGUCUCCAAAACAGCCACACCACCAAUCACAAAAGUCAACACUGAAGUGAGUCUACAAAUCGAGGAGACCGAUUCGAAGCCGGUGACAUCAGUUGUGGUGGAAACCGAAACACAGGAACCAGCCGAAGUGACUACUGCCGGUACACCGGCGACCAUCUACUCGACAGCUUCCAACUCGAUAGCCACUGUUCAGAACAUAGUCUCUGCACCAGCCACUCCACAGCAAAAACGCCAACCAUCUCUCAAGAAGACCGACUCUUCAUCCUCGGAGAAACGAGAAGGUGGAUCCAGGAGAGAUUUCGUCAAAACAAUCGGCAAAAAACUCAAAGCAAAACGGAGAGCUGAGAACAGACAAAAGUCGAAAUCGGAAAAUCGAGCAAGGAAAGCAUUUCGAACUAUAUCUUUCAUAUUGGGGGCUUUUGUAGCCUGUUGGACACCCUAUCAUAUACUCGCCUUGGUGGAGGGUUUCUGUACAAACCCACCCUGCACAAACGAGCAUUUAUUCAUGUUUUCCUAUUUCCUCUGCUAUGCUAACAGCCCUAUGAACCCCUUCUGCUAUGCGCUUGCUAACCAUCAAUUCAAAAAGACUUUCACCCGUUUACUCAAAGGCGAUUUCCACAUGACAUGAGAAAUUUCAUGGACUAAAUAAAAUCUCUAUAACACAGUCGCAUAUCUAGAAAUUUCGAUUCAAGCAAAAUAGUUUAUCAGUUCUCAAAUUCUGCUGAUUUACCACUUAUUUUACCCUUCCACUCUAAAUUAUAUUGGAAACGGAAUAAUGACUUCAUAAAACUUAUCUCAUCAGUAAAUUACUAUAUUUCUUUGAUCUAAAUUCUAGUUUAAUGUAUUAUUACUAUGGAUUUAUUAGUGGUUCAUAGCUUUUAAAGCGUCUUGUUUUGUUUUAAUUAUGUAUAGAACUCUUACGAAUAGGGGUGCCAUCAAUUUUCAAUUUUUGAUUUUUGAGAGGAACUGGAGAUGUUCUAUCGAUAUUUCUAGGUAUGCUUCUGUGAUUUAGAUACGUGUUUAAUGAAUUCUCAAUAUUAUCCAAUCUCCUUAAUGAACUGAAGCUUAUUUUUGUAAAUUGUACAUUGGAACUGCAGAAAACAAUAAACUAGAUAUGUAAUAAAUGAACAAUAUUAAUCGUGUAAUGUUGGUUUGGUUAUAGAAAUGUAACUCAAAACUUAGGUAAAUAAGCUUUAAGACAAAAUUGCUUCAUGCUGGAACCCGUGCUUUGCUGUCUACAGGAUCUAUGUUUUCCUAUUCGUUUUUUUUUACUAAUCCAUAAAUUACAUCUGGUGGAAAAUUUAUUUAUGAACUGAAUUGAAAAAAUAACUAGCGAAAUUCUCAUUUUAACUGAUGGAUCAAUGCUGAAUUUAUACUGAAGAAAAACUUAUUCAAUCAACUUCUACCUUCCAAUAUGCAUCAUUCUAAAUUAUUGGAAUUUGAGAAUUCACUUUUACUGAACUUUUGCAAUAGAGACUCUAUAAUAUUAGACACAUAUUUUCUAAUGAUGAUUUUUAAAACCCCAUUUUUGUCUGAUUUAUCUGAUAUUAAACUCUUAAAUCAAAUAACACAAUCAUUACCUUUAUGUUUUGUGUAUUGAAAGAUAUUUGGCAUAAUCUGGUUUGCAACAUUUGGAAUGAGGAUUUUAUUACCUAUCAUUGAAAUUAUCUCAAGGAUGAUUGAAGCUCUAAAAAUAUCAUAAAAGGAUUUUCAUAUUCCAUAUAAAAUGGUCUUCUAAUAACCGUAGUCUAUGUAAUGGCGUUUCAUAAUAGUUUCCUAAAACAUAUUCCAAUAAUAUGAAACUCAUUCUGCCAAUCUAUCAGUUAAAAUGUAGAAAAAUCUCAAAAUUCCACUAAAUUUUCAAACAAAUUCUAUUUUAAGGAUUCAGGUCUUAUGGUUAGAUUUCUGCUUAUUCGUGUACUGGAGUUUAAACCCUUUCAACAUAGUUAACUGUCUUUUUAUAUUAAGGAUAAUAAUAAUUUUCACCGCACAAAAUCUGCAUUACUGCCUUUUGAAUAGAGUUUUAUCCUGAGUCAAACCCUCUGUAGCUGGAAAAUGGGUUAACUGAGCAGCAUAUUUAUGAAAAAGUAUUUUUAUGCAAAACAAUACAGUAUAAUUACAUUUAUUCAAAUAAAACCUUUGUGAUAUGUUAGCUGUGUAAGUAUUUGUAAUAGAAUUGUGAAGCUUGAUGUGGAUUAGUACUAGGUUUAUAAUGUAAUACAGGGUAACAUGUAAGGAAGUGUAGGUUGUAAUGUGAGUUAGAUGAAUAUUUCUGGUGUAAUUAAUGUAAAACCUGAUAUUAUGUCUAUUGAGCCAGGUGUGUGUGGUGUUGGAGAAAAGGUGUUUACUUUUACAUUUUUCAACUUUUCCAAUCAUUUAAAUUGAAAUAUUCGCCAAGGAAAAUUUUAAAAACUCCAAAAAUUGGCAAGUAUUGCGAAUUUUCUAACCACUGUGAAUAGAAAUAUUUUAUACAAUUAUUUUCAAACUUCAUUUUCAAGAAUUAAGAUGAUUGUACAUUAACAAUAAUAACAUUCAAAGAUGUGAAUUAUUUUCUUGAUUUAAUUCUUGUAAGAACAGUUACUAGAAUGAUUGUUACUCAGCUAUUGAAUCAGUUUGUCGAAUCUUGAAAAAAAAUAUUCUUGGAUAAAUAAUUUAGAAAGCCCCAACUUUUCCACACACCACAUACAUGCAUAGAUAUGAUAUCACUAAUACUCAUGACAAUACUUAUUAAUAUUAUAGCUUGAACGUUUUAAAGCGCCUAUACAGUGUCAAUGUUAUGCAUUAUUGUGCUGAAUUAGAUAGAAAUCAAUAUUGUAAUAGACAACCAAUUGUACAGUGAUAUUAUUCUACUUUAAAAUUGAAAAUAAUUACUAAUCCUAUGAUACCAGAGACGUUCAAUCUAGAAAGUCAAAUAAAUAAUUUAUUUGUAAAUAUUAGUUAUGGAUACAUGGAUUUGUAUUAUGGCAAAUACCCCAUGAAUAUAAUGAAAAUAAUAAUUACAGAAAUUAUUAUUGAUAAACAUUAAACCGUGAUCAUACUGUUGUAAUAAAAUUAUAUAAUAAAAGUAUUAUUGUUAGAUAGUCUAUAAAAUGGAAUCUCUAUCAUUGUAUAUAUGCUGAUAUUUUGAAGAGUAUUAUGCAAUUAUUUUUGUAAAUUGUGUGAUCGAUGGAAGGUAAGAUGGUCUUUAUUAUUAUUUUAAAGAUUGAUAGCCUACAGGUACAACAACAAAAAUAUACAGAUUGAUAUGAGCCCAAAUCUGUAUACUUUUGGAAUAUUACAUGUGAGAAGGAUGUAUUUUUUCUAUGAAAAUCGACGGAGUGACUCCCAGUUGUAAAUAAAUGUUGCUUUUGUAUAUCAAGAACUCAAUAGUUUAAUAUUGAAUAUUUCAGAUUUGACGUAUGUGAACGCUUAGAUAGAUUGAUAUAUUCUCCCAAAUCCCAUUAUAUUUAUUAAGAUGUGAAGAACUUCAGUUUUGUAGUACCUAUAAAUACAGUAUACAAAACCAUAGCUUCCAAAUAAAUAUAUAGGAUUUGACAAUACUGCAUUCAAUCAAAAACAGUUCCAUGAUAUCAAUUAUAGUAGUUAUAGAACCUAGGUGUUGUGAUUAGACUCAUAUUAGAAUAAAAAGUACUGUUAGAAGAAAUUCCUGAAGGACGCCUAAAAUUGAAUUUGAUAACAUGUUUUUAGAGUGCUGAGAAAGAUGAAACAAUAAAUAAUAACAAAUAGCCUAGAAAAUGAUAAAGGAGAUGGAGUCUUGAUUCUGAAUUGAUUAAUAAUUAUAGAAUUGACUCAUAAGCUUCACUCCAUACUUCUUGGUAUGAGACAGAAUUAAUGUGAUGUUUAAUUUAGGUUUGGCAAUUCGUAGAUUUUUUCAACAUAAAUGUUUUUGUACACUUUAGAAACCCCUAAAUCUAGCUUAUGCUAUGAGGUGUGUGUAAAUAGCUUUGUGUAUAUCCAUCAGCUAGUCUAUUCGAGAAGAAAUCAGCAUUCUUAAUGUACUAUACACUUUUUAUACUUCAGAAAUACACCUUACUGGUACUCGAUUUUAUUAAAUUGAUUUAUUUGCUACGCUUUUACAGAAAUUUUCAAUACAGCUCUAUUAUAUUAUGAAGCUUAAACUUAUCAUAAAGUUGACCUGCGAUGAAUUUUUCCUUUCUCAAAAUUUAUCAAUAUAUUACAUAUCGAGUUCCACUAAAUACGAUAUUUUACUCUCAUAUUCAACUCUUAUUAUUUUACUUUCAUUGCUGAGGAAUAAAUCUAGAAAUCUGUAAAAAAGUGGAUAAUCUUCAAUUUCUCAGUUAUAUAAUGAAUUAAUAAAUGAAGUUACCGUAUUUAGAAGACCAAUCAAUACCUUUAAUUAAUAUUUUAUCUUGAAAUACUUCAGUUAAUAAUAUUACUUCUCUUACUAAUACUUUAAGAAUUGCAAUAUUUUUAAUUUCAAUUGUUUUAUUGGUACUUUAGAUGAAUUUUGAUUCGAUCAUUAAAAUUCCAGAUAUAUUUUACAAAACUACCAGGACACAAAAUUACCAGUUGGUUCUGCUAUUUUUCGAGUUCUACUAAUAUUUCAAUACAAAACUGGGAAUACUGAGAUACUGGGUUUUCACACGAAUGAAAAUUUCAAGUGCUCCAAAUUGCAUUCUCAAAAUACUAAUAAACCAUUAUGUAAUUGUGAUGAUGCAAUUUGUUUGAGUUAUUAGUAAUUUUGAAUGUAUUCAAUGUUAAUAUUUUUCAACUGAAACUCAAAAUACGAUGAUAAUAUUAUUGAGACUAUCCGAUGAAUAAAAAAUUAUAUCUGUUCAUAGAUCAAACACACUUGAAAUGCUGAGCUUUCCAUUGUAACAGUAUUAUAAAUUGUGAUUGAUUAAAUUAAAUAAGAAAAAUUAAGUGGUUUUUUAAGUGGUUGGAUACGGUAAAGAUAAUGUGAUUGUAGAAAACAAGAUGUGAGGCAUAAGUUGAAGGUUCAAAACCCUCAUCAAACAUGAACCAUCAUUAUUUUACUUAUUGCUUCAGGAAAAAGUGUAUUUAUUCAACUCGUACAUGUGCUGUAUCGAAAGCUGUAAUUAAAUUUAAUUAUACAUCGUAAAAAAUGAAAAUUGUUCAGUAUGGUACUACAAAAUAAUAAUAAUAAAUUCGAUAUAAUUUUCGAA